AUGUCCAUCGCCUCCAGAGUUUUGCCCUUGCCUUCCAAUAGGCAGAAGUACGAUCAGGACCCCAGCAAACCGGCAUCCGACGAAGACAUAACCGUACGCGAAGUCAAUGUCACCGGUAAUAAACGGGGUGAAGAAGCCAAUGAGGAAAUUCCAAAGCCAGUCCGAAGCCGUGGCCAUGCCAUGGCCCUCGCGCGGUACCGCGAUGGAUAG